UCUCAACAAUUGUAACCUUGCGGCUUGAUCAUCGUCGACCAUCGUGAUAAUGCCAGGAGGUGGUUUGUGGGUAAAUCAGCGCUUUCCUCCUGGGUGAAGUAGAAGUUAAGAGUCAUGCAUCAAGCCACCUUUCAUCCGACAACAUCUGUAGUUAUUACAGGCAUUCUUUUCAUUGCUAUCCUCAUUGAGUUUUAUUACAUUAAAGCUGAAAAAGGUAUUAAAAAUAGCUAAAAUGCCUCUUGUGCUGUACUGCUACGAUGGAAGCCCCUCUAACAGGGCGGUUUACAUGUGCCUGAAAGCGCUUGGACUGGAGGUGAUCAAGAAACCCGUCGAUCUAUUCAAGGGUGAGCAACUGAAACCCGAAUUUCUAAAGAUGAAUCCGCAGCACACGCUUCCAACUCUAGUUGACGGUGACUUAAUUAUUUGGGACAGCCACGUUAUUUGCUCGUACUUGGUGGGUAAAUACACGAAGGACGACUCAUUGUAUCCAAAGGAUUUGCAAAAGAGAGCGCUCGUAGACCAGCGCCUCCACUUUGAUAGUGGCGUGUUGUUCCCGCGCUUCAUGAGCAUUACGUUUCCUCUUUUGGUUCUGAAGUGCAAAGAAAUUCCUGAGAAAAAGAAGGCGUCCGUGAAAGAAGCGUUUGCUUUUAUGGAAAAAUUCCUUGAAGGAGGGGAGUACCUGGCGGGCGCCUCGUACACUAUUGCCGACAUAUGCUGCAUCUCGACUGUUUCAACUAUCGUCGGAGGACUUGGCAUUAGCGCAGACGAGUACCCGAAUGUCAAAGCUUGGAUGAAGCGGUGCCGUGAAAAUUUGCCGGGAUACGAAGAACUCAACCAACCUGGCGUUGAUGGGUACAAAAGAAUUGUUGCCCGAGAACUAGCCUGCGACAACAUGCCGCUUGUGCUGCACUGCUUUGACGGGAGCCCGCCGAACAGGGCCGUGUACCUCUGCCUGAAAGCUCUGGGGCUAGAGGUGACUAAGAAAACCGUUAACCUUUUCAAUGGGGAGCAUCUUGAUCCUGAUUUCGUGAAGCUGAACCCCCAGCACACCAUUCCCACUCUUGAGGAUGACGAUUUUGUCAUUUGGGACAGUCACGUUAUUUGCUCUUACUUGGUGGACAAAUACGCCGAAGAUGACUCGCUCUACCCGAAAGACCCGCAGAAAAGGGCUAUCGUCGACCAGCGCCUGCAUUUUGACACUGGUGUUUUGUUUCCGCGGUUCAUGAACAUAUCAUACCCACUGCUUUUCUUGAAAUGCAAGGAAAUUCCCGAGGAGAAGCAGAAGGCGGUGACGGACGCUUUUGCUAUUAUGGAAAAUUUUUUGGAAGGAAACGACUAUCUCGCUGGCGAUUCGUACACCAUUGCCGACAUUUGUUGCAUCGCAACUGUGUCAACUCUAGUGGAAGGCCUUCGUAUUAGUGUUGAGGAUUUCCCAAACAUAAAAGAUUGGAUGGAGCGGUGCCGCGAAAAUUUGCCAGGCUACGCAGAGGUCAACCAGCCUGGGGUCGAUGCUUACAAGGGUGCGGCCGAUAGAGAGCUUGAUUGAAAACGUUAUUGUUCAAAUCAAGUAUCAUAAAAUAUAUUUCAACUCUUAGUUUUUUAAUUUACUUUUGACACGCUCUCUUCUACGCAGCAACAUUAAUCACAUUAAUGUUUUAGAUGCUAGCAAGAAUUUAAAGAAAAACACCUAUCCUGGCUCUCAAAAAUAUUUUAAUAUUAAAACGCACCAAAAUAUUAUUUUGAAUAAAAACUGUCCACACUAUGAAAA